AUGUCCACUGAGAGUCCAGAAAGGGCAACCAAUAGUGGUUCACUUGACGAGUUCCUUGGAUUCAGGGAGGAAGUACACGUGACAAUGGACAAUCACACAAAGGAACUUCAAAAAUUAUCACACGGCGGAUGCAAUGACGAUCAAGAUGCUGUCACUUUGUUAACCAAUACCGUUGUUGCUGAUAAAGCCAAACAUAACCCAAAUUCGGAAAGGAACCCAGAUAUAGAGGUCACUAGCAAUAGUUUAACAGUGUCGUCCAUGACGAAAAAUCAAAUCAUGAAAAAUCUUUCUAUGAUAUGUACAUCUUUUUUCCUGAUGUUUACCUCCUUUCACUCGAUGUUGAGUUUACUGACUUCCCUAAGUAAAGAAGAGGGAAUGGGCACAUUUGCAAUAUUCAUAGAAUGUUCUUUCUUCAUGAUUUCGGCUAUGUUUUUGGCAUCUUUUUCCAUCGACCGAUUCGGCGUGAAACUGACUUUGUUUCUCUCUACGUUUACGACUUUAUCUUUAAUGGCGGCCAAUCUAUAUCCGGUGUGGGCUAUUAUGGUUCCAGCUUCUAUCGUAUGUGGACUUGGUGCGGGACCAAUGUGGGCAUCUCAAUCGGCAUAUGUUUCAGAACUUUCCAAACACUACGCCAAUAUAACCCAAACAAAACUGAAGGAUUCUCUCAGUUUUUUCUUUGGGAUAUUCUUCAUGUCUUUGAAUGGAAGUAAGAUAACAGGAAAUUUGUUAUCCUCACUUCUACUGAAACAAAACACACAGGCCAACACAUCCAUGACGUUGGAGGAAAUUGAGGAUUGUGUAGCAAAUAAACAAGAAGCUGUCAGCAAUGCUACCAGUCUGGAACGACCAGAUGACAUGACGAUUUAUACCAUUUGUGGUACAUGGAUUGGAAUAGCCUCUUUAGGAAUUGUUGUUAGCGCUUUCCUGUCACCUGUUACUAUUUAUGGAGAUGAGUAUAAGGAUGGGAAAAGGGAAGCAAUAUACAGUAAAUUCUUGGCUUCAACCAAACAUUUCUGGAACUCGAGAUUACAAAAAAUCCUCAUUCCACUUUCGAUGUAUUACGGCAUUUCAAAUGGAUUUCUUAUUGCAGAUUUUACGAAGUCAAUUGUGGGCUGUACACUUGGAAUACAAACAGUCGGUGACGUCAUGCUUUGUAGUGGAAUAUUAAAUACCGUUUCUGCAGUACUGGUUGGACCUCUAACAAAACACUUCGGACAUUUGCCGUUCUUUACAAUCGCAUUUCUUUGCUUUGGCGGAGUACAAGUUUCUUUACUUAUAUGGAAACCUGGACCGGAAAACGGAUACCCCUUUUUCAUAUUUGGUAGUAUUUGGGGAGUGGCGGACGCCAUAUUGAAAAUACAAGUUAUGACAAUCUAUGGCCACUUAUUUGCUGACAAUAUAGAGGCAGCUUACGGAAGCUAUUUCAUGCUGGAAGCCGCUGGAUUCAUUACUUCGACGGCCUACAGUGUAUUUUUGUCUACCGACGUCAAGCUAUAUAUCCUUCUGAGCUUUUUGGUGUGUAGUGCAAUAUCGUACUACACUGUGGAAUACAUAGACAGGAAACAAAACAAACGACAAGAUGUGGAGCAGUAA